AUGACUAAAGGUGAUUCUAAAAGAGUGAUUCCAUUAGAAUCAAAUCCAUUUUUAUUCACCGAAUUAGCUUAUCAAUUAGGAUUAUCACCAAUAUUACAAUUUCAUGAUGUUUAUUCUUUAACUGAUCCUGAUUUAUUAGCAAUGUUACCAACACCGAUAUAUGCCAUUAUAUUAUUAUUCCCAUUAAGUCCCAAUUAUGAAAAAUAUCGUCAACAACAAGAUAACAACAACAACAACAACUUCAAUUCUACAAAUUUGAUAAAAUAUGAUAAUAAUAAUGAUAUUGAAUGGUUUAAACAAACAAUUGGUAAUGGAUGUGGAUUAUAUGCUUUAUUACAUAUUUUAACUAAUCUACCUCAAGAUUUAAUCAUUUCAAAUUCUAAAUUAUCACAAUUAAGAAAUAAUUUGACCAAAGUUAAGGAAUUUUCUAUUGAUGAUCGAGCAAAAAUUAUUGAAAAUUUAGAAAAUGAUAUUAAAUUAGAUGAAAAUUUUGGUGAAAAAGGUGAUACUAAAGCUCCUGAUAUUAAUGAAUCAGUUGAUUUACAUUUUAUUUCAUUUAUUAAAAGUACGAAAAAUGGUCAUUUAUAUGAAUUGGAUGGUAGAAGAACUGGUCCUAUUGAUUUAGGUGAGUCGAAUAACAAGGACAAUAAUAAUAAUAAUAAUAAUAUUAUUAAUGAUCCUUUAUUGAUUGAAAAAAUUCAAUUUUAUAUUGAUAAUGCUGAUGAAGCAAAUAAAAAUAAUUUUGCAAUUAUGGCUAUUGGUCCUUCCUUUGAUUGA